AUGUCUUGCCUGAGAAAAUAUUAUUGUCGAGCUUUCAGUUAUAUCCAAUCUCGAUCCAGCUACAGUCGAUCAUUGAAUCGUGAUAAAACUAAUCAGGCAACUGAAAUUGAGAGACGAGCUCGCGCUCUGAGAGUUUUAGACAUCAUAUCUUCGAAAUCUUGUGGAGGUUCGAAUCGCCAGAAUCAUCUUGGAAUCGUUAAGGAGUUUCUGCAAACAGAUUCGAGGCAAUUCAAAGAUCAAGCAAUUUCCGAGGGUUUUGACCUCUCAAGAACCAAAAAUAGAAUUUCAAGUGUGCUGGAACAAGUUCUUCUGGAGGAUUCUUCAAGUAUUCAGCAGCGAGAUGGGUGGAGUUUCGAUGCUUAUGGUUUGUCGUCCGCCGUGAGUUCUUGUGGGUCAAAUCGAGAUUUUCGAAGCGGUUCUGGGUUUCAUUGCGUAGCUUUGAAAUGUGGGUUUACCUCAGAUGUCUACGUUGGAAGUUCUCUGGUCGUUUUGUACAGAGGUUCCGGUGAUUUGGACGAUGCACAUAAAGUGUUUGAAGAAAUGCCUGAGAAGAACGUGGUUUCGUGGACGGCUAUGAUUUCAGGUUUUGCGCAGGAAUGGCGAGUGGAUAUCUGCUUGAAUCUUUAUUCAAAGAUGAGAAAUUCGAGAUCUUUUCCGAAUGAUUACACGUUCACGGCUCUCUUGAGCGCUUGCACAGGAAGCGGAGCCUUAGGGCAAGGAAGAAGUGUUCAUUGCCAAACACUCCAAAUGGGUUUCAAGUCUUAUCUUCAUAUCUCAAACGCUCUCAUCUCUAUGUACUGCAAAUGCGGAGAUUUGAAAGAUGCGUUCUGUAUCUUUGACCAGUUUAGUAACAAAGACGUCGUCUCUUGGAACUCUAUGAUUGCUGGUUACGCGCAGCACGGCCUUGCAAGUCAAGCAAUCGAGCUCUUUGAAGUAAUGAUGCUCAAAAGCGGAACAAAGCCCGAUGCAAUCACGUAUCUAGGAGUGUUGUCAUCGUGCAGACACGCAGGUCUGGUAAAAGAAGGAAGAAAGGUCUUCGAUUCCAUGGAGGAACACGGCUUGAAACCAGAACUCAGCCACUACUCUUGUCUAGUGGAUCUUCUUGGCAGAUUUGGUCUGUUGCAAGAAGCCUUAGAGCUGAUCGAGAACAUGCCAAUGGAGCCAAACCCGGUCAUAUGGGGAUCUCUGCUUUUCUCUUGCCGUGUACACGGCGAUGUGUGGACUGGAAUCAGAGCUGCAGAGGAACGGCUGAUGCUUGAACCUGAAUGUGCAGCCACGCAUGUCCAGCUGGCGAAUUUAUACGCCAGUGUCCGGUAUUGGAAAGAAGCGGCGAUAGUGAGGAAAGUGAUGAAAGAUAAAGGACUGAGGACGAAUCCAGGUUGCAGUUGGAUCGAGAUUAAUAAUGAUGUUUUCAUGUUUAAAGCUGAAGAUGGUAGCAAUUGUAGAUUGCCAGAGAUUGUUCAUGUUCUUCAUUGUCUCGUAGAUCACAUGGACUUCCCUCUAAUAUGACGCCAGUAUACCUCUAUUAAGGAGAAC